CUCUCGGCGGCCCCUUCUGCUGUCGCCGCCACCACUGCCGCCUCUGGAGGAGCGGGUCCACCGCGGGUCACCAUGCCCAGCAAAACCAAGUACAACCUUGUGGACGAUGGGCACGACCUGCGGAUCCCGCUGCACAACGAGGACGCUUUCCAGCAUGGCAUCUGCUUCGAGGCCAAGUAUGUAGGAAGUCUGGAUGUGCCAAGGCCCAACAGCAGGGUGGAGAUCGUGGCUGCCAUGCGCCGGAUACGGUAUGAGUUUAAAGCCAAGAACAUCAAGAAAAAGAAAGUAAGCAUUAUGGUUUCAGUGGAUGGUGUCAAGGUGAUUCUGAAGAAGAAGAAAAAGUUUCUUUUAUUGCAGAAAAAGGAGUGGACGUGGGAUGAGAGCAAGAUGCUGGUGAUGCAAGACCCCAUCUACAGGAUCUUCUAUGUCUCUCACGAUUCCCAAGACCUGAAGAUCUUCAGCUAUAUUGCUCGAGAUGGUGCCAGCAAUAUCUUCAGGUGUAACGUCUUUAAGUCCAAGAAGAAGAGCCAAGCUAUGCGCAUCGUGCGGACAGUGGGCCAGGCCUUUGAGGUCUGCCACAAGCUGAGCCUGCAGCACACGCAGCAGAAUGCAGAUGGCCAGGAGGACGGAGAGAGCGAGAGGAACAGCAGCAGCUCUGGGGAGCCAGGCCGUCAGCUCGCUGGGGCUGAGAGGGCAUCCACAGCUACUGCAGAGGAGACGGACAUCGAUGCCGUGGAGGUGCCACUCCCAGGGAGUGAUAUCUUGGAUUUCAGUCGAGGUGUGACCGACCUGGAUGCUGUUGGGAAGGAAGGUGGCUCCCACGCAGACUCCAAGGCUUCACCCCAGCCCCAGGAGCCCACUCUGACAGCGUCACCUCGGAUGCUACUCCCCUCUGCUUCCUCCAAGCCCCCAGGCCUGGGUGCAGGGACACCGCUGUCCACCCAUCACCAAAUGCAGCUCCUCCAGCAGCUCCUCCAGCAGCAGCAGCAGCAGACGCAAGUGGCUGUGGCCCAGGUUCACCUGCUGAAGGACCAGUUGGCUGCUGAGGCAGCGGCGCGACUGGAGGCCCAGGCCCGUGUGCACCAGCUCCUGCUGCAGAACAAGGACAUGCUCCAGCACAUCUCCCUGCUGGUGAAGCAGGUGCAGGAGCUGGAGCUGAAGCUGUCAGGACAGAAUGCCAUGGGCUCCCAGGACAGUUUGCUGGAGAUCACCUUCCGCUCUGGAGCCCUGCCUGUGCUCUGCGACCCCACCACCCCAAAGCCAGAGGACCUGCACUCGCCACCUCCCGGCGCGGGCCUGGCCGACUUGGCACCACAGACUGGCAGCCCCCUAGGUAGGCGCGACUGCUUGGUGAAACUUGAAUGCUUCCGCUUCCUCUCCCCGCCAGCGAACGGGCAGCAGGUGUUGGGCGGCCUGGAGCUCCUCCAGUUCCGCGAGUCCGGCAUCGCCUCGGAGUAUGAAUCCACCACGGACGACAGCGAGGAGCGUGACUCAUGGUCCCAGGAAGAGCUGCCGCGCCUGCUCAAUGUCCUGCAGAGGCAGGAGCUGGGUGACAGCCUGGAUGAUGAGAUCGCCGUGUAGGAGCUGGAGAGGAACAGGUGGAGGAGAUGGCGUGGCCGCACUGUGCAGGGAUGUCCAGUGUGGCUGCUCAG